AACAGUCAAGAUGAAGGCAAACACUAUGAUGAUGGCGUUGGGUGCGCUUGCUAUGGGCGCGAGGGCUCAGGAUGCUGUUGCGUAAGACAUCUCCACAAUCCACAUCCCCAUCUGCCUGAUCUCAUCCGCAACGCGACUACGACGCGGCUUACCCGCGAUAAUCACCUCUAGAUCCUUGCUAACAUGCUGGUAACGCAGGCCCGACGUUCAGCAAUCCGUUCUCAUGGUCCUCGCUCAGGCGAUCCCAUCGGAUAGCGUAGCAUACGCGCUCGCAUCGUCCUCUGCAUUCGCGGCUGAGAUGGCAUCGUCUCUCUCCGCUGGCAACACACCAACUUGGUACCAAGCGCUCCCAACGGACGUUCAGAGCCUCUUGCCUCAAAUCUACCCUGCUGCCGUUCAAGUUACGCCAACACCGACUCCUACUCCUACGCCAUCUUCUAGCGCGUACGUCGUGAAGAGCAGCAGUGUUGUAGAGAGCUCUAGCGCCAAAAUUACGCCAUACCCAACUGGAAUGAACAGCACCAUGGUCAAGCCUACCAUGAGCGCUACUGGAGGUGCUAGCAUCAGUGUAACACUGAGUCCCAGUGACACUGCUUCUUCCACCCCGCCUCCUCCCUUCGAAGGCGCGGCUUCCAGGCUCUCUGUCGGCGCCGGUCUUGGUGCUGCUCUCGUUCUUGGUAUGCUCGCUUUGUAGACAUACUCUUGUCUACUCCUGCUUUCUACGUUCGUAGCAUCAGGCUGCACCAAGGUGUCAUGAGUUCACCUGAAGGCAUGCAUCUUGCAGUAGCCUGUUGCUCGUCUUCACUAUAACGUUUCUUUACGACGCGAUGCUGUUAUUCUUCUGGGCAACGAUUCGCAAUAUACCUUUUUGACUUUUUUUGGAUUUGAUGAGGGGAGGAAACACUGAACGGGCGGAUUGAUGGAUCUACAUGUGAUGGCUCUGGCUGUAAUGCUUCUGCAUCCUGGUUUGCUGGUUUGUCGUUCGAGCGAGCGAGUUUGGUGUUGGUGUUGGUAGAUAGUUGUAAAUAGCUUAAUAUUUAAUCAGUCGACGCAGUAAAUAACGGAGUUGGUAGCCAGGAA